ACUCUCAAUCGAGAAAGUUUUUCUGCAAUUAUUUUUAAUUUGAUUCCCAGUUCCUGUAGAUUUUGAUACGUAAAAUAUGUCAUCACAAUUAAGAUAAGAUAGAUUAAAAAAGAAACAAAAUGGAUGAGAGUUUAGAAGAUGAACUCAAAAGAGCUAAUCAAGAGCGGCAAGAUAUUGUUAAGAAAUAUGUUUUAGGAAGAAAACAACUGGACAAAUUGGAAGGAAAUAACAUCAACAAAUGGGAAGAUCCAGACUUUGGUUUAUACUACAAAAUUGACAGAUAUGGUUUUAUUCAUACUGAAGCACUAUCUAGAGAAUUUGAUGAGAACGAGAAAAAAGAGAAGGAAGUUGAAAUUCAGCGUGCUCAAAAAUGGCUUAAAAUGCAUAAAAGUUUCGAAAAGUUUAGAAACUACAACAGAGAAAAACUUCAACGUAGAAUAUUUAAAGGAAUUCCUGAUAAACUUCGUGGUGCUAUCUGGUUGAAAUUACUCCAGGUAGAGAAGCAAAUGAAAGACAAUCCAGGUGUUUACAAUAAAAUGCUCAAUUUAGCUUAUAAUCAUUCGACAGACAUCCGUCAAAUUGACAACGACAUCAACAGAUGUUUUCGUGAUCAUGAAUAUUUUCGUGAACGAUAUAGCACCAAACAACAACAACUAUUCAAUGUGUUAUCAGCUUACAGUAUGUACAAUAUGGAAGUUGGUUAUUGUCAAGGCAUGUCAUCGAUUGUUGGCGUGCUUUUGUUUUAUUUAAAUGAAGAAGAGGCUUUCUGGGCAUUACACGCCCUCAUGAUUGAGAAGAAAUUUGCCAUGCAUGGUUUGUACAUUGUGGGAUUUCCAAAACUGAUGCGCCUUCUCACACAUCAUGAUAAAAUUCUUAUGAAAUUCUUGCCAAAGUUAAAAAAGCAUUUCGAUAAACAAAAUCUCGACGCCGUCCUGUAUUCAUUAAAAUGGUUUUUUGUUAUUUUUGUUGAGCGAAUUCCAUUCAGUCUUUGUCUACGUGUCUGGGAUGUUUAUUUAUUGGAAGGCGAACGAGCUGUGACCGCGAUGGCGUUUACAAUUUUGAAACUUCAUGCUACGAAGUUGCUAAAGUUAAAAGAUAUGGAUGCGAUUACCGAUUAUCUUCAGUACAAACUCAAUAAAAACUUUGGAUAUUCCGACAAUUACGUCAUUAAGAGUUUAGAAACGUCAAUAAUAGAAUUAAGAGGAAAGCGAAUGGAUUUACCACCACCAGCAAAUGAUGUCGAAUUUCCAAAAUGUGAAAUGGGACAAUUUAUUGAGCCGACAAUAGAAAAGAAGCUUGGACUGCGUGCAGAAUGCUUCACUGACUCUGAAAGAAACGUAACUGAAUUUGUAAUUCAUCGUAACGAAGAAAAUGGAAUUGAUGGUGAUGAAGAUGAAGAUCACGAAGACGACGCAAUAAGCAAUUACAACAACACAGUUGAAAAUUCAAUGCUGAUAAGAAGAUUUAAGAGCAUGAAUAGUCUCAACACGACAACAUCAAUAGCGACAUCAAUCAAUUCAAUUCCAUCUGAAUUCAACCAAAAUGAUCUUGACGACGAUGAUUUUGUGAUCGUAGAGACAACCAGAUUAUGAUAAUAACAACAACGAUUAAUCGAGACUGAAAGGAUAUUAAAAAAACAUUCAAUCAACCUGAAGAAUUAUUUCUCAUUCCACAAAUUUAAUCUUUGCACACUAAUCAAGCUGAUAUUUUUUUAACUUUAAUCUUGAGGCAAACUUCAUGAAUUUAACUAUUUUUUUAAAAAGAAAUUUGUUUUCUUUAGUUUUUUAAUAGCAAUAAAACUAGAAUUACAAGAAUUA